AUGUCUUCGACAGCAACGCAGACACAGCUUGAGUCUCCCAAUGAGGUGGAUGACUUCAAGCUGAUCGAAGACAACAACCCGUCAAAAAUCUACAAUCAGUUUGCAGACCUCCGCUCAAGAUGUCCGGUCGCACACACGUCCGAGAUGGGUGGGUUCUAUCUCUUGACGCGAUAUGAGGAUGUGAAAGCUGCCGCGUCAGAUACAGAGACCUUCAUCUCUUCAGUGAAAGCUGUUAUCCCAAGUGAUCCUAGAGGAAUUCGGCGGCCACCCCUCAACACUGAUCCACCUGCGCAUACCCCGUAUCGGACAGCGUUGGAUCGCACACUGCGUCCAAAGAGACUCAGGAGAAUUGAGCCACUUCUUGUUGAACAUGCUGAGCGUGAGUUUGCAAAGCUUGUGGCUAAGGGAGGUGGCGAUAUUUGUGGUGAUUUUGCAGCAAUAUUUGCAGCCUGGGUCGAGACGACCUGGCUGAACUUGGAAGAAGACACGGCGCCGAUGCUUGCUACCACCGCUGCGGCUUGGGUGAAUGCGUGGCGGAGGCAAGACGGAAAGGAGACUACAGCACAGUCAGAAAAGCUAUAUGGUAUCGCCCGGAAGCUGUUUGCUGACCGGCGGAUUGCGCCGAGGGAUCCAGAGCAGGAUCCGGCUUCGUCAUUGCUGCAAGAGACAGACUCAAAUGGGCAGCCGCUGAAAGACGAGUUGUUGAUCGGCUGUCUCCGCCAAUCCCUCGUCGUUGGCAUGGUCGCGCCUCCACUGCUCUUCGGAGUCAUGUGCAAACACCUGUCCGAUGACAAGCAAUUGCAGAGGCGUCUUCGCUCCGAUCCAUCGCUUAUUCCCGCCGCCGUGGAAGAGUUUGUGCGGCUGUAUGUGCCAUAUCGCGGGUUCUGCCGGACGCCCUCGCGAGACAUCGAGCUCCGCGGGCGUUUGAUCCCAGCGAAAACACCGGUUGCUAUGACAUAUGCUGCCGCAAACAGAGAUCCCGAAGUGUUCGAGAAUCCAGAUGACUUUGUGUUAAACCGCCCCAACAUCACGUCGCAUCUAGGGUUCGGGCGUGGGCGACAUCGGUGUGCAGGGAUGCCAUUGGCGAGAAUGGCGCUUCAGAUCGGCCUUGCGGUGAUUCUUCGCCAGUCUGCCGACUUCGAGGUCAACAGGCCGCUAGAGUAUGCCGGUAUGCCAGAGAUGGGAAUUACCAGCUGCCCACUACGCAUCACGCCGAGAGAUCGCGUCGAGUAG